UUCAGCACAUCAAUGCAACAAAGCCAACACAGUUUGAGUUGGCUGGAUUAGCAGAGCUCUAAAUGUUAGGGUCACUCAUUUUCACAUUGAAAAACCCAGCUCAUUUUGACGUAGAAAAUUUAACAGUAAUUUGGCAAGCCUUACUUCAUUUGCUUUUCCUCAUCUUUCUUCAGCCUUUAAAAAUGUAGUUAUUUAAUGUUUUAGUGCAAAAGUGACAAAGGCUAUGGUAAAAAUAUAGCCGCAAGUAACGAAUAAAAAUACACUGUCAUGAUAUGUGACGCACGAAGGUAUAAAGAAAAUUUAGAAGCACAGUGUUGUGGGCUACAAGGUGAUUCAUAGGGGUGAGAUAAUCGUGAAGAGGUAGUGCAAGAAGUAUUUAAGUAUGACUAUUCUUUGUAAUUCGAAGUUUAUUGAUAAUUUAUUUAACAUUACCCCUUAUUCCAUAAAUAAUUUCUUGUAAGGAAUACAACAAUAUCCAAAACAGUGUUCUAUACAAAAAAGUGUAAAUUUCUUACGUUUUGGUAUUCUCACCUUUAAAGAACGUGCAAACAUAACAUGGCCAAUGUAUUUGACUCUACCAUAUGCAAUUGUCUUUUGAUAAAUAGGUAAACAACAUUAAAUCAAAUGUUUUUCUUAUAUAUGCACAUUGAUGAGACGUGCUUUUUGCAGGUGUCUCUAGAGCACGUGAGGACGGCCUGCGAAAUUGAUGCGGGACAUAAACAAAAACUUCUACCUCACCUCAGACUGCGAGAUUUGGACCCGAACAACUAUGAAAAGAUGAAUGUGGCAUCUGCACAUGCCCUUCUGCACCAUGCCACUGCCGCAGCCUUACGGUACCUUGUGGAAAAGGGUCACCUACCGAAGGAAGCACUCACAACAGCAUUUUUCUUCGGUGAAAUUUUUAAGUGGUUUUCUAUCAUGACUUCUAGGACCAAGAAAACAGCCCUAAGUGAUCUCAAUGCACAAAAAGCGGACGAAGCAAAAACAUUCCUGGAAGGUUUUGUUGUCAUGUUCACUGGCUUGAAUAUCAUUGAAAAAACAGGAAAAUCAUCUUGGAAGCCUGUCCAGACCGGAGCUGUACUGUCAACGCUAUGCGCCUUAAAAUUGAGGCAGUGUUACAUUGUUGAGCAGAAGUUCAAAUUUCUGUUGUUGAGCAGGCUCAGCCAGGAUGCACUGGAGAACUUAUUUAGUACAAUUCGGCUAAAAGCACCUGUUCCUCGUGCCAGGGAGUUUAAGACCACUUUCAGAAUAAUUGUGCUUGAACAGUUUUCGCAGCCCAGCCGAAAUGGCUCUUAUACAAUCGAUGAGUCACACGAUCUAUUAACAUUCCUUAAAGAAAAAAAAAAAGAAAUUGUACCAGAGUCAACAAUCGAUGAUGUUGUGGAGACAAGCUUUGAAGGUGUCAUUGAACUUUGCCAAGAAGAGGAGGAUAGCCUAGAAUAUUUCGCUGGGUAUGUUGCAUAUGCUCUAAAGCACAAGUACACCCUUUGCAGGCUCUGUCACAGCAGCAUUAUUGACGAUAACAAGCAGGUUCCUGAACUCGUAGCACUAAAGUCCUAUGUGACACAAGGAAGGAAUCCAUUAAAGGUCCCUUCAGACAGCCUUCUUGAGCUACUUCAUUUCUGUGAGCAACUGUUUCGCAUCAAUGCGACCCGCCUCCUAGACUCUAAAUGUACCUUGGAGAGUUCAAAGGAGGCUGCUCAAGAAAGAUGUGAUUCAUUUUUGAAAUUCCCAUCAUGUCAUAGUGUUGCUGAAAAGGCGGUGCGACACUUCUUUCUUUGCAGGCUUCGCUUUGCUUUAAAGCAAAAAAAUACUCACCUUGCUUCAAAGAUGCGUCAAGCUGGCAAAUGUGCUUCUAAGAGCAUUGGAAUGCGCAUUCUGAGCGAAAAUGUCACUUGAGCUUUUCAUUAUUAAUCUGACAUAUUUGAGCUAUUGUGUGCAUAACUUUAGAAGGGUGAGCACAGUUCUGGUUUGUCAACCAUUAUUUCACUGUAGGCUUUUUGUUUGCCCAUGUGCAUUUCCACAGCAAGAAGCUGUUAGCCAGUAACAAGUUCAAUUUAAUGUGACUAUCUUGUAUGUGAAAACUUUUAAAACAAAUAGUUGUCAAUGCACCGAGCAAAGAGAAAAUGAAAGCACUUCAUAAAGUUUUAAGGGUAGAAAAGUGCACCUCAACAGAGUAAGUAAACUUGAUGCAUAAUACAGCUUUUUAUUGCGACUGAAAGAGUGGACUGAAAAGACUGAAACAGUGCCUUAUACUUACAGCUCACUUUGUGGGGCUCAUGAGGCUGGUAUAGAUACAAAUAUUGAGAUAGGCAGCACAGGAUUAUCCUGAAUAAGAACAGUGGGCAAAUGCAUUUUCUAGCGCCUAGUGCCCAAGCUCAAGGGUUUCUUUUCAUCUUCCUUACGCUAUGCAGACUUGUCCUUAUGCCAAUGAAAUAUUAUGUGCUAACUAGGGUUCUGGCUAUCAAAAGUGAUAGUUGUUUCUCCAAAGUUUGUUAAAGAUUUCUUACAGCGAUGCUUGUCAUAACUUAUUGUCUUGAAUGUGCCUACCCAGGGUUAUAAAUACAUUUUGUCCGUGAACAAAUUGUCAUGCAAGCUGGCAUACGCCCUUUUUAAUUCAGCCAUAGGAGUAAAUGCUUCAGCCAAGCAAACUAGCUGGAUGCACACUGAUACUAUUGUGAGAGUGUUGUUGCUAACAAGUCUGGGCUUCUUGACUUUUUGAAUGCACCCUUCAGAGUUUAAAAUUGAAAUGGAUAAUAUGUACCUCCCUCGUCAACCGCAAUUUCUGAAGAGCUAGGACAUCUUUGCACAAAGCACACAAAGGAACAAGGACAAAAUAGGUGCUAAGUUGGCAUAUGCAUAUUUAGCUCUCUAGCUGUGAUAAUUGUAAUAUAUUCCUUCUCCGUGUGAAGUUUUGAGAACAGUAAAAUUGAUUCUAGUCAAUUUAUUGUCUUGAAGUGCAUAGGCUUAUUUAUUUUGUUAAUUGCUGCCAUAGAAGCUAAGCCGGAAUUGUAUGUGUGCUAGCUUGUGAGCAUCAUGUAUCAGCCAGUGGAACAAAAACUUGUCGUUAAAUUAAACAUGCUGGAAAUCUACGUUGUGCUUUGAUGAAUGCUGUUUCCUCGAGAGUGGAGUGAAUGCACUGUUGAAUGACGUAAAAUUUCCUUGCCUCUGAUGCGAUAGGUCACAAAGCUUUGUAACCUGCCUUUUUGGCCAAAGCCUGCUUCAGUGCUUUCAUUUACUUCAUACAGUGUCUUCAACUACUGGCUUUUCUCUGAGUGGUAAGAGAUCAAGAAAAAUGUGUUGUCAUAUUACAGUCUGCACUGUGUGAAUAAUUACUCUGCAAGUUUGCCAUCUUGAUGUGAUUAGUGCAAUAAAAAUAACCUGUUGUUACUCUUAAUAGCUUGUUGCCUUUCCAGUUUCUUUGAAUUCUGCCCCCAAGGUUCCAAAAACCAGCACACUUGGCCU